AUGGGAUUUAAAAGGGGGGCACUUAUUGUAAUCGAAGGCGUAGAUAGAACUGGUAAAACAACGCAAUGCAAAAAACUUGUGGAAAGCUUAAAAAAUAAGCAAGUAUUAGCUGAAUACACUAAUUUUCCAGACAGGAAAACUGAAAUAGGUAAAGUUAUCAACAGUUAUUUAAUAUCAAAGAAAGACUUACCCAAUGAAACUAUACAUCUCUUAUUUUCUGCAAACCGAUGGGAAAAAGUUGAUGGCAUUUUAAAAAUGUUAGAUAAUGGUAUAUCUGUUAUUGUGGAUAGAUAUUGUUUUUCUGGAGUAGCAUUUUCUGCAGCUAAAGGGCUAGAUUUGAAGUGGUGCAUGUCACCAGAUGUGGGGUUGCCGAAACCAGAUAAAGUAUUUUUCCUAAAUAUGUCCCUAGAGAAAGUUCAAUUAAGGAAUGGUUUUGGAAAUGAGAGAUAUGAAGUGCCCGAGUUUCAAAAGAAAGUUGCUGAUAUGUACAUGAAACUUAAAGAUGAUAGUUGGGAUAUUUUAGAUGCUAGCAGGUCAAUGGAAGAUAUUGAAAAAGAGUUAUUACAUAAGACUUUAUCCUUAGUUGAUAGUGUUGGUAACAAGCCCAUUGGUAAGAUGUGGGUU